AUGUCUAUUCAAUUUCAAGCAUUUAUAUCAAUUCAAAUUAAAAUUUUAUUCUUAAGAUAAAUAAGUAACAAAGGUAUCAAAGUUUUAUAUAUAAAUAAGAAGAUCCUUAAAUUUUAAGUAAGAUCUUUAAAUAAUAUUUAUACUUAAAAAAUAUUUGGAGACAAUAGAAUCUUUUGAUUAAGUCCUUAAAAAUGAUAAUAAAAGCAAAAUAGCCCUUAUCAAAAAUGGUAAAUGUAAUUGUUAUAUUUUUAAAGGAUAGGCAUUAUUAAGUUUAAAUAGGUUUACAGAAGCUUUGAAUUGCUUUGAUUAAGUUUUAGAAUUAUCUCCUCUCAAUAAAUAAGCUCUUUUGAAAAAAGAUGAUUAUCAAAUAAUUAUAGUGCCAGCAAACAUAUUAGUGGGAUUAAAAAAAUAUUCAGAGAGUAUAAAUUUCUUCAAUUAAUUAAUCAGCUUAGAUUUGAAAUAGCCGAAAAUAUUUUAUCAAAAAGGUUCUUGAUAAAUUAUUUUUAGGGAAUGCCUUAAAUAGAUGCAUAUAAAUGAUAAUUACUAUAAAUGUAAUAGUAUUCAAAUGCAAUUUAAUGUUACGAUGAUGCUAUAAAUAUUUCGUCUAAUUUUAUUGAAGUGUAUUAUUAUAAAAGUAAUUGGUUGAUUCCUAUUUCAAAGGUUAUGCAUUAAUUUAAUUAUAAUAAUUUGUUGAAGCUGUUAAAGCUUGUGAUUAGGUUUUAGCUUUAGACUCCAAACAUUGCUUAGCCUUAUUUAAUAAAGGUAAUAUUUAUAAAUUAGUUUAUAAAUAUCAGCUUUUUCAUUAAAUUACUAGAUAUGAAAUUUAUUGA